AUGAUGACUCCUAGUGGCCGGUUUAAGACCAGUACCCGAUUGUGCCUGUCGAUUUCCGAUUAUCACCCCAAGACAUGGAACCCUGCGUGGUCUGUGAGCACGAUUUUGACGGGGUUACUGAGUUUUAUGGUUUCAGACGAGUCGACUGCCGGGUCGAUGAUUUCCACCGACGAACAGAAACGGAAGCUCGCUCGAGAGUCACUUGCCUGGAAUGUCAAGUAUAACGUCAACUUUAAUAUCCAUUUCCCCGAGGUGGCCAAGAAAAAUUCUGCCGAUUUGGUGGCUCAACAGGCCCAGGAAGCCCUUGCUGCCUCUGCUAACUCUACGGCCUCUCAGAAGCCUAACGGGGUUACCCAGUCAGGAACUGCCACUCUAGUACAAGCUGGAGCUGGCCAGGAAACUGAAAAAACGGCUACCACUAACACUAGCGGAUUCUCACUAGGCCAGAAGGCGCUAUGUGUUGUAGUUGUUGUCGCAUCCUAUGUUCUUGCCAGCCACCUCAUCCAGGUAUAUCGCUAA